UAUAUAAUAACUUAACAUUAGCUGUUACCUAACAGUACAAGAUGAGGUUUUCACUAGCAAUACUUCUUGUACUCGCAUGCUAUUUACAGAUUGACCAGGUGCAGUCAAGACGAGAACCAGUAUGUCGUGGACUACCUGUGUGCGGAACCGAUGGAACGACAUAUAAGAAUAAAUGUUUGGCUAAUCAACGAGGUGCCACCGUGAAGUGCGAUAGAAAAUGCCCGUGUAAGCCCGACUGUAUAUGUACCGCGGACUACAAACCAGUAUGUGGGGCGAAUGGUAAAACCUACAGCAACGGGUGCAUGGCCAAUUGCGCAGGUGUUAAAACCAAGUGCAAAGGCACUUGUCCAUGUCGACCAUGUGCUUGUCCAUUCAGCCUGAAGCCAGUAUGCGGGGCGGACAAAAAGACAUACCCAAAUUCGUGUACAGCUUCUUGCAAGUAUGUGUGUUAUCAUAUAUUUUAACUAUACACCACUUCA